UUGCUCGAAUUACAGUUUAAAUUUCAGUGCGCGCGCCUGCGCCACACGAAAUAGUCGAAAAACGGUCCAGUUUCCCUCGGCCGGUUAGCAGUCUGUCUCCUUUUUGAUUUAAAACAUUUUUUUUUACCGCUAACAAAAAGAGCAGGAUGUCGGACGAAAAGCCAAAGGAAGGAGUGAAAACGGAGAACGACCACAUUAACCUGAAGGUAGCAGGUCAAGAUGGCUCAGUGGUACAGUUCAAAAUCAAAAGGCACACUGCACUCAGCAAACUCAUGAAGGCAUACUGUGAACGACAGGGGCUGUCGAUGCGUCAGAUAAGAUUUCGGUUUGAUGGGCAGCCCAUAAAUGAGCUGGACACGCCUGCACAGUUGGAAAUGGAGGACGAGGACACUAUUGAUGUGUUUCAGCAACAGACAGGAGGAGCCUUUUCUUAAGCAAGAGUCCAUUCUCUUGUGCGUCCCCACAAAUUUUUUAUUUUUGCUUCCCAUGUUGUAAGUGUUUAUUAUUGUUUGGGAUUUUUUGGGGGGUUUUCUUUUUCCUUUCUGCUGGGAUGGGUGCUGGGCUUUUCACAACAUGCAGCAGCAGUUUUUACAUUUCCGACGGCCUUGCUUUGCAAAUGGGUAUGAUUUUUAACCUGUUUAUUUCACAUGACUACAUUGUGUCCAUGCAGAGACGCUAAUCAUACUACAUUGGGCCUACAUUGGACCAGAACUGAAGAUCCUUUUUUUUUUUAACAUCAUAUUGUCAUACUGUAGCAAGUGUGAAUUCACAAUAUGAUUAACACGCUUGUCACACAUUAGUUGUGUUUUUUUGUUUUGUUUUUGUGUGUGUGUUAAAUUCAUGAUUUGACUGAUUUGCAUCCAUGUUUGCAGGGGGGGGGGCAUUGCAGAGAAAUAUGCGUAUGAAUGAUGUAGCUGUGUUUCUGAUGUUGCACUCAAAGCAGAUUGACCUGAAUUAAGACAAAGUACAGUCAUGUUGCUGGACCAAAAAACAAACAAAAAAUAAAGUGUGUGUUUUUUGUUUUUUUUAAGUAAAGGGUUUUAUUUUUUAUUUUAAUUCCCAAGCUUUAUUUUUUAGGGGGUGAAAGAGGAAAGGGGUUGCCAUUACAAACGGUACUUUGUAUUUCCUCUAAUGUAUACAUACAAUAAUUUAGAUUCCUCUUCAAUUUUAUAAAAAAUGUGGAGUUUUUGCUUUCUGGAGCGUUCGCGUAAAAUGACGUCAUGCUUCAAAUCCCUUUUUUAAUGGGAAGGGUUGUAAUACACGUUACAGCCACUAGAGGCCACAAUUGC